GCUCCUUGCACCUGGGCCAUCAUUGCAGGAAGACACCAGACCACCUUUUCAUGAGGUCCUUGCUGUUCCCCAGGAAAGGGAGCAUGAUUCUGCUCCCCUCACCCACGAGAGGAGUUGAAGAGGACUUUGAAAACGGUGGUCAUGCCGAUCGCCAGCGAGUUUGCCCCGGACGUGUGCUGGUGUCAUCAGGCUUCGACGCUGUGGAGGCCACCCACGCCUCUCGGGGCUACAACCUCUCUGCCAGAUGCUUCGGGUACCUGACGAAGCAGCUGAUGGGCCUGGCUGGCGGCCGGAUUGUCCUGGCCCUCGAGGGAGGCCACGACCUGACUGCCAUUUGCGAUGCCUCCGAAGCAUGUGUUUCUGCCUUGCUGGGAAAUGAGCUUGAUCCUCUCCCAGAAAAGGUCUUACAGCAAAGACCCAACGCAAACGCUGUCCGCUCCAUGGAGAAAGUCAUGGAGAUCCAUAGCAAGUACUGGCGCUGCCUGCAGCGCGCAACCUCCACAGUGGGGCGUUCUCUGAUCGAGGCUCAGACUUGCGAGAACGAAGAAGCCGAGACGGUCACCGCCAUGGCCUCGCUGUCCGUGGGCGUGAAGCCUGCCGAAAAGAGACCAGACGAGGAGCCCAUGGAAGAGGAGCCGCCCCUGUAGCACUCCCUCGAAGCUGCUGUUCUCUUGUCUGUCUGUCUCUGUCUUGAAGCUCAGCCAAGAAACUUUCCCGUGUCACGCCUGCGUCCCACCGUGGGGCCCUCGGAGCACCCAGGGACACCCGGCGUGCGACAGCCACGGGAAGCCUUUCCGCCGCCCAGGCCCACAGGUCUCGAGAUGCACAUGCACGCCUGGGCGUGGCAGCCUCACGGAACACGGGACAGACGCCGGCGACGCGCAGACACACGGACAUGCGGAAGCCAAGCACACUCUGGCGGGUCCCGCGAGGGACGCCGUGGAAGAAAGAAGCCUGUGGCAACAGGCGGCCGAGCUGCCGAAUUCGGUUGACACGAGGCACAGAAAACAAAUAUCAAAGAUCUAAUAAUACAAAACAAACUUGAUUAAAACUGGUGCUUAAAGUUU